AUGUCACUCCGAAGAAAUAAAUCAAUAUCUCAAUAUUAUGUUUUGCAAAUCCUCAUUCACUUACUGCUCAACUACCACUAUCAACUGUGUUCGCUGAUCGAGCUUUGCGAACUGAGGAGACCGAGGACAAGUAGCUUAUCAAUAUCUGAAGGAGACUUUAAGACUGAGCAAAUUGAAUUGUCGUCACAAUUGGAAAAAGUCUCGGAGAUUCAACCUGCGGAUGAAGCUUCGGUCAUACUGCAAGUUGUGCCAGAAAAUCCACAAAGCGGAGAAGUCCAGGGAGGUCGGCAAAGUCGGCAAAGCUCAGAAGAUGAUUGGGGUAUGAGAGAAAGUGAAUGGGAUGAAUUCACGAAAUUUUCCAAAAACAUACCUGGAAUUCGUAGUUUCGAUCCCAAGUAUCCAAAACUGAUACGAGAAAUCGCAUACACAAUCAUUUCACCUCAAGACUUAUGGUCUAGACGGCUCAAACGCAUGUGCGAGAGAUUUUACACUCAAGGUAUCCAAACAGAUCCCAAUGAGCAAGUAUCCCUACUCAAAGCUCUACAUCGGUUUACAGAGUUAUACAAAAUGCCAUUCGAAGCAGUGCAGAUAGUUUUGGGUGCGCUGGCCAGAAUGGAACUUUUUGUGAAUGAAGGCUACGAAAAAAAUUGGCUCGUUGAGCAUCAGAAAACUGAAAGUAAAUAUGUAGAGCUAAUGUUAGAGUUUAUCGAUUCACUUGAUUCAUCUGGUGAAUAUGCUGAAUUCAGAAGAAUCCAAGCUAAUUUAGGAGACUAUGGGGUAAAACUGAAAAAGUUGUCGUUUCAACAGUACGAAAAAUAUCUAUUUAAAUUUUGGAUAUCACGUGAGUCUCAAAAGAUUGAUGUAAUGCAGGAGAUCGUGGAACUCCAAUUGAUCUUGAUCAAGAGAAUAAAUCCUUCGAAUAGUAAGAAGAGGUUACAAUCAAAUAUAGCAGAAACAUUGCGCAAUGACCCAAGCUUGGGCUACCUCACAGAAAGAUUUAUAGACAAUCUCAAUUCUUUACAACAAAAAAAGUAA